AUGAAAUAUUUAGCGCAUUUAUUUUUUUUUAUUACAUUUUUGCAAUUUAUAAUUAAUAAAUACGAUAACAAUGACAAAGCAUUGGGCAAAUUUUUAAACAUAAGAAAUGGGAGGUUUCUAGCAGAUUAUUAUUAUAACAGUGAUGAAGAUCACAAUCAACACCAAAAAAAAAAAAAAGCGCCUACAUAUGCACCAAAUACUAUUCCACAAAACGGCACCACAUUUCCAAACAUACGCACUACCCAAAACACGGCAUCAGAUUAUUAUCCACAGCCUAUUCAAGGCCAUCAAAAGAAUACAUACGAUUCCCCUGCAGGCUUCGAUUUUUAUAAUAGUCCGUUCAUCGUAAAGCUAAGACAUAAUGCUAAACUCAUUAUGGCAUCAUCUGCAGUGGCCUUUUUUCUUAUCGAAGAUAUAGGAAUUAAAGCUAUGUUAUUUUUAAUAUUUGCUUCUGCUGCACUCGCUUAUUUUACUUCCAUAUAA